GCCGCGCGGCGCGGGGGAGGAGACCUUCAUCUGUUCACGCGGUAGCGCGGAUUGCGGUUCGCGGCGCGCGCCACCGGGGAAGGAGCGGUGGGCCGAGGGGUUGGAGGUGGGGUCCCAGGAGGACCUCGGGCUGUGGGCCGGGAGAGCGGAGUUGGGGAGUGGGGCGGGGGAGCGAGGUGGCGCCGGGGAGCGAGGUGGCGCCGGAGAGCCUGGGAUAUGGCGCGGCCAGACGAUGAGGAGGGGGCGGCGGUGGCGCCCGGACACCCGCUCGCGAAAGGAUACCUCCCGUUGCCGAGGGGCGCGCCCGUUGGGAAGGAGAGCGUGGAGCUGCAGAACGGGCCCAAAGCGGGCACCUUCCCGGUGAAUGGGGCCCCCCGGGACAGCCUCGCUGCCGCCUCGGGAGUUCUGGGCGGGCCUCAGACUCCACUGGCCCCAGAAGAGGAGACCCAGGCCCGGCUGCUGCCUGCGGGCGCGGGAGCUGAGACCCCGGGGGCCGAGAGCAGCCCGCUGCCCCGGACGGCGCUCUCCCCGCGGCGCUUCGUGGUGCUCCUGAUCUUCAGCCUGUACUCGCUGGUCAACGCCUUUCAGUGGAUCCAGUACAGCAUCAUUAGCAACGUCUUCGAGGGCUUCUACGGUGUCACCUUGCUGCACAUCGACUGGCUGUCCAUGGUGUACAUGCUGGCCUACGUGCCCCUCAUCUUCCCGGCCACCUGGCUGCUGGACACCAGAGGCCUGCGGCUCACCGCCCUGCUGGGCUCCGGCCUCAACUGCCUGGGUGCCUGGAUCAAGUGCGGCAGUGUGCAGCAGCAUCUCUUCUGGGUCACCAUGUUGGGCCAGUGCCUGUGCUCGGUGGCCCAGGUUUUCAUCCUGGGCUUGCCCUCCCGCAUCGCCUCAGUGUGGUUUGGGCCCAAAGAGGUGUCCACAGCUUGUGCCACCGCCGUGCUGGGCAAUCAGCUUGGAACUGCAGUUGGCUUUUUGCUACCACCAGUUUUAGUACCCAACACACAGAAUGACACAAAUCUCCUGGCUUGUAAUAUCAGCACCAUGUUUUACGGAACAUCAGCUGUUGCCACACUUUUAUUUAUUUUAACAGCAAUUGCCUUCAAAGAAAAACCUCGGUAUCCACCAAGUCAGGCUCAAGCAGCUCUUCAAGACAGUCCCCCUGAAGAGUACUCCUAUAAGAAAUCAAUAAGAAACCUGUUUAAAAACAUUCCUUUUGUCCUUCUGUUGAUCACUUAUGGUAUCAUGACUGGUGCCUUUUAUUCAGUCUCAACGUUAUUAAAUCAAAUGAUAUUGACAUAUUAUGAGGGAGAAGAAGUCAAUGCUGGAAGGAUUGGGCUAACGCUAGUAGUAGCUGGAAUGGUGGGCUCUAUUCUUUGUGGCUUAUGGCUGGAUUAUACUAAAACAUACAAACAGACUACUCUGAUAGUUUAUAUUUUGUCUUUUAUUGGAAUGGUUAUCUUUACUUUCACAUUGGACCUUAGAUAUAUUAUCAUCGUGUUUGUUACUGGAGGGGUGCUUGGCUUCUUCAUGACUGGUUACCUCCCUUUGGGUUUUGAAUUUGCUGUUGAAAUCACUUACCCUGAAUCUGAAGGUACUUCAUCUGGUCUUCUUAAUGCUUCUGCACAGAUAUUUGGAAUUUUGUUCACAUUGGCUCAAGGAAAGCUCACAUCAGACUAUGGUCCUAAGGCAGGGAACAUUUUUCUCUGUGUCUGGAUGUUUAUAGGCAUCAUAUUAACAGCAUUAAUCAAGUCUGAUCUGCGAAGACACAACAUAAAUAUAGGAAUUACAAAUGUUGAUGUUAAAGCUAUACCAGCUGACAGUCCCACAGACCAAGAACCAAAAACGGUUAUGUUGUCCAAGCAGUCAGAAUCAGCAAUUUGAAGAGAAAGGAAAAGUUACUGUCCUGUAGUAAUUGGGGACAAUGUGAUCAUCCUUGGAGAGAGAUGUGAGCACCAAGGCUGGGUUUGUAUGUGGUGGGGGAAUAAACACACUUACUUGAAAAUUACCAUAUGAACUCUAAAUGCAUAAUUAUUAUUUUGCUUAAUUGUUAAAUUAAGGGAAAUUUUCUUAAAAUUCUUCUGUUUACAUCAUGUUAACACUACUAUUUAUCUAAUUAGUAUCCGGUUUUUAGUCUCAUAUUGUGUCUGAAAGUAAGCUUCUUGACGUUUACUUUUUAAAAGUCGAUGUUUUUCUUUUUUGUAGAAAAUGGAAGCUUAGAAGACUUUUUAAAGUGAUAAUAUGGGGUGUUCAGUCCCCAUAAGAUAUAAUAGUUCAUGCAGUUUAUAUAUUAAAAUAUCCAGUGGAACUAAAUGUACAAUAUAUUCCUAAUUGGCUGCCUUUUUCACUGUGCUGACCAGCUGUUCAAGCCACUUCAGUUUGAGUACAACAUACCAACAUGACACUACUCACCCACAAAGGACAGCAUUGGGAUCAGGCUUUCAGAUGACCUCUAAGAUUUUUCCCAUUUAUUGUACUCUUGUUACAAAGUACUUUUUAACACAUGCAGUCAAUGGCUAUAGAAACUAUUCUGUGUACAGAUUCUACCCAGACUUUGGUCUUAGAUCUAUGUUCUAAUUAAGGAGCCUGGUUACAGGUUCAUUCUGUCUUGAGUUCUUUUCUGUGCUGCCUUUCUAUCAUGGAUAAAUGCUAACGCUGUAUUUUUUCACUCCAACUUGAGAUAGAGUAGUUUUGUACCCAUUGCCUUUUUUUUCUUUAAACUCUCUUUUUUUUUUUUCCUGAUGUAUAACUUUCUAGUAAGAUAAUUUCAUCAUGUAUAUUACUGGCUAUUUCAUGAUUUCAUGUAUCACAUCCUAUAUUUUGCCUUGAAGAUUCCUGAAAUAAGGAAAUCUGUAAUAACUUCAGAUAGCCUACAUGUCCCUAUUUAGUGGAGACCUCUUGAAUGCUGUUUGAAUUCUGCAGUACCAUUUUUAUGACCAUUCUCCUUUGAGGAAUACUAUGCCCAGGUACAUGCUCUAUCAGUGUGCCGGGAGAGUGGAUUCUUUUCUUCACUGCAGAGUCAUCACACUGUUGGAAUAGUCUGCUCUUUUACAUGCUCAGGUAGGGAAAAUAGGACCAAAUAUAUUUCCACAGUGCCUACCACUGUGUCAUGUUUACAGUGAGAGUUUAAAUAUUGUUGAUGUCCUGACUCUGUGAGCUCAUAGGGAGUAUCUUCAUAGUAAUGACAUUUGAUCAGCCAUAAAAUUUACAUUAUGUUCAUAUGCACCCAAAAAAGCUAGUCAGGUAAUGAAUACCCUUGAAGUGAAUAGCAAUUUUGAUUUAGGCAGUGUGUUAGGCCAUCCUUGCAUUGCUAUAAAGAAAUAUUUAGGCUGGGCGUGGUGGCUCACGCCUGUAAUCCCAGCACUUUGGGAGGCUGAAGCGUGUGGAUCACCUGAGGUCAGGAGUUCAAGACCAGCCUGGCCAACAUGGUAAAACCCCAUCUCUACCAAAAAAAAAAAAAAAAAAAAAAAAAAAAAAAAAAGGCCAGGCGCGGUGCUGUGGCUCAUGCCUGUAAUCCCAGCACUUUAGGAGGCCAAGGCAGGUGGAUCACAAAGUCAGGAGUUCAAAACCAGCCUGGCCAAGAUGGUGAAACCCCAUCUCUACUAAAAAUACAAAAAUUAGCGCAGUGGCAGGCGCCUGUAAUCCCAGCUACUCGGGAGGCUGAGGCAGGAGAAUCGCUUGAAUGCGAGUGGCAGAGGUUGCAGUGAGCGAAAAUCACGCUACUGCACUCCAGCCUGGGAGAUAAAGUGAGACUGUCUCAAAUAAAUAAAUAAAUAAAUAAAUAAAUAAAUAAAACCUGAGGUUGAGCACGAUGGCUCACACCUAUAGUCCCAGCACUUUGGGAGGCUGAGGUGGGUGGAUCAUUUGAGGCCAGGAGUUGAAGACCAGUCUGGCCAACAUGGCAAAACCCCAUCUCUACUAAAAAUACACACACACACACACACACACACAAAUUAGCCGGGCAUGGUGGCACACGCCUGUAGUCCCAGCUUCUUGGGAAGCUGAGGCAUGAGAAUUGCCUGAACCUGGAAGGCAGAGGCUACAGUGAGCUGAGAUUGCGCCACUGCACUCCAGCCUGGGUGACAGAGCGAGACUCUGUUUCAGGAAAAAAAGAACAGAAAUACCUGAGACUGGGUAAUUUAUAAAUAAAAGAGGUUUAAGUGGCUCACAGUUCUGCAGGCUGUGUAAGCAUGGCACCAGUGUCUGCUCGGCUUCUGGGGAGCCCUCAGGGAGCUUUACUCAUGGUGAAAGGCUAAGUGGGAGCAGAGAUGUCACAUGGCGAAGCAGGAACAAGAGAGCAGGGAGGUGCCACACACCUUCAAACAACCAGAUUUUGUGAAAACUCACUCAUUACUGCAAGGACAGCACCAAGCCAUGAGGGAUCCACCCGCAGGACCCAAACACCUUCUAUUAGGGCCAACCUUCAACAUUGGGGAUUACAUUUCAAUAUGAGAUUGGAGGGACAAGUAUCCCAACUAUAUCAGGCAGAAUAUAUGCAUUGAUAUAUAUUGAAAUUAUAACAUUCUCUAUAAUCAAGUGACUGUAAAUUAUGUAGAAUCUGACCCUGGGGAAUGUGUUACCUAAAGAAUUUGACUAAGAAUCAGGAACUCUGUGUCCAUGUCCUGGAUGUAUUUCUGUAUGUUCUUAUAACUCUGGACAAAUCAUUAAACCUCUCUGGGCAGCAUUUUCCUCAUCCAUGAAAUGAAUGUGUUCAAUUUGAUCUCAAAGAUCUUUUCAAAAUAUUAAAUGCCAUUAAUCAUGGAAUAGACCAAAUUAUUGUAUCACAGGAACUUGAAUCCAGCCAGAGAAAAAUUCCCUGGACAAUUGGAUAAACAAAUGUGAUUGCUACCUUAUGGAUACAAGGGACUUUUACAUUUCUUUUUAGCCUUUUUAGUCAGUUUAGGGUAACUCAAGCAGAGUAUGUCCAAUCAUUAGCUUCCUUUGAUAUUUACAUUACAGGUAAAAACGGCCAAAAAUAUAUUUUAAGGUCUCUCCCCAAAUAAUUGUUUUUAUUUUUAAACUAUCAAUGUUGUUUAAAAUAAUCAUGUACUUGUUGAGUUCCUGAGGUUUGGAACAAAUUACAAAUAAAAUUUAGAAUACUUUAUUUCUGAAAAGCAUAUACAUAUAUGUUAUGUUUGUUUUUCCUUGUUGAUUAGAAAGGUGAUGGAAUAUGUGACAAUGCAAAAUGAAUUGAUAAUUUUUCUGUAUUUUCAGUGAAAGUUGUCUGUAAUAUGUCAAGCAAGAAUGUUAUAAUUCUACAGUAAUGUGUGACUUAAUGACAGAGCUACAUUCUGAGAAAUUUGUCAUUAGGUGAUUUCAUCAUUGUGUGAACAUCAUGAAGUGUACUUACACAAACCUAGGUGGUAGAGCCUACUGCACACCUGGGCUAGAUGGCAAAGUCUGUCGCUUCUAGGCUACACACCUGUACAGCAUGGUACUGUAUUGAAUACUGUAGGCAACUGUAACACAAUGGUAUUUGUGUAAUCUAAACAUAGAACAGAUAAUACAUUGUGCUACAAUGUAAUAAUGGCUGUGGCAUCACUAGAUGAUAGGAAUUUUUCAGUUCCAUUAUAAUCUUGUAGGAUCUCUGUCAUAUGUGGUCAAUUGUUGAUCAAAACAUGACUGUAUGUCGUAUUUUCAGAAAAUGGAAUAGGUAAUCAUCACUUGUGUGAAUUUUAAUCAAAUGAUUUAGGAAAGAAACUGGAUGUUUCAAAAGCUGUUGCAUUUAUUACACAUGUCACAAAUACAGCUCUUGCCUUUUGAGAAUGUUGGAGAGAUGUCUUUAAAAAAUAUGUUUGUGUGUAAAAAUGUGUCUGUAUGCAAUAGCUAGAAAAAUGCCUGUGUCUUAAGUCAUUACUCAUGUUCUAAUUUUUGUUCUUUGUACUAUUUAUCUGUAUGCUUGUUCUUCAGUAUUUCAGACUCAAAAUAAAUUUAUUUUUUUAUGUUAA